GAUUGGACAGCAUCGGUUGGCCGUCAUCGGCUCAUACAAACAAACUAGCUAGCAGCAACAGUUAGUCUGUGCCCCGAAGACCAUCAUGCGAAGAAACAAACUUUUCUAAACUACUUUCGCGUCUCUUAUCUAAUUGACGGAACUAACACAAUUGCUGUUAAAGGAACUGUUGUGAUUGUAAGAUGAAUUUCUCUGAGGUAUUCAAGCAAUCCAACCAACUCUGUAAAGUUUCCCCAGAUGGGAAAUAUUUGGCUACCUGUGUGCAGUACAGGCUGGUGGUGCGAGAUGUGAGCACCUUGCAGAUCCUUCAGCUCUACACCUGCCUGGACCAGAUAUCUCACAUGGACUGGUCAUCUGACUCUCUCUUUAUCCUUUGUGCUAUGUACAAGAGAGGACUGGUACAGGUGUGGUCUCUGGAGCAGCCGGACUGGCACUGUAAGAUUGAUGAGGGCUCAAUAGGACUAGUCUCCUCGCGCUGGAGUCCAGACGGACGUCACAUUCUCAACACCACUGAGUUCCACCUGAGAGUCACCGUCUGGUCCCUGUGCACCAAAGCUGUGUCUUACAUCAAGUAUCCCAAAGCAUGUCAGAAGGGCAUAGAUUUCAGCAGAGAUGGCUGCUAUAUGGCCCUGGCUGAACGCCGUGACUGCAAAGACUAUGUCAGUGUAUUUGUGUGUGACGACUGGCAUUUACUCAGGCAUUUUGAGACUGAGACACAGGACCUGGCAGGGUUGGAGUGGUCUCCCAAUGGCUGUGUGCUGGCAGUGUGGGAUAGCUGUCUGGAGUACAAGGUGUUGCUGUAUUCUUUGGAUGGCCGGUUGCUGUCAACCUACAGUGCCUACGAGUGGUCGCUGGGUGUUAAGUCUGUGACCUGGAGCCCCAGCAGCCAGUUCCUGGCCAUUGGCAGCUAUGAUGAAAAAGUGCGCAUCCUCAAUCAUAUCACGUGGAAGAAAAUCGCACAGUUUGAGCACAUAGCAACCAUCAACAACACAAAAGCAGUAGUGUAUAAGGAAGUGGAGAAAAGGCCAGCUGUAGGCACUGAUGAACUAUCGCUACACAACCUCACAAUCGGCACCACCCUAUUCAACACCCAGAGCAAAUACGAGAUCUGCCCACCGCCGGUCCAAGUUCCUGUAGUCAAACCAGACCCAGACCGAGCCAACCCCAAGAUUGGUGUCUCUACUUUGGCAUUCAGCUCAGACAGUCGCUAUUUAGCCACCAAAAACGACAACAUGGCCAGUGUUGUCUGGGUGUGGGACAUGCAGAAGAUGAGCCUGCUGGCUGUGCUUGAGCAGACGUCGGCCGUCCGUUGCUUUCAGUGGGACCCCCGACACCCCCGGCUGGCACUAUGUACAGGCAACACAAAACUCUAUCUCUGGUCUCCGGCAGGCUGCGUUUCUGUCCAGGUCCCCACUGAAGGUGGUUUCCAGGUCCAGUCACUAAACUGGCACUGCAGUGGAGACACUCUGAUACUGCUCGGGAAGGACCAGCUGUGUUUGUGCUACAUGGACACUGACCAGGAGGACAAGAAAACACACAAAAACACAGGUCUCGAGAAUAAGUGGAUUACUUAACCUUACACACUUGGCCGGAAAUGUGUUUAAGGUGAUGACUAAAAGACUGGUGGGAACACGCCUACUCAAAUUCUCAACUUUACAUGUUGAACUGUAGCUGCUCGCCGAGUUUUUAGAGCCCUCAGUGCAGGUAACUGGGAUGUUCCUUUUCUCGUCAAGUUGAAAAUGUAUGGAAAACAUUACUCCUGAGAGACCGAAUGGAUAAAUAUCACUUAUUUUUUUGAUAACCAAAUGCGUACCGAAGACCUAGUUUCAAGCAUUGUGAGAAGAUAGAGGUUUACAAAGUUUUACAGAUUUCACUGUACUUUUAAAUUAUUUUGUAUGUUUUACUUUUUUGAAAUUGUGUUAUUAUUCUGAAUAAAUUUUGUCAUAAAUAA